AGAUGGCAUUACUCGUCAAAGUCAUUCUGAUAUUACAAUCGUAUAUGCUUUUGAAAGAUAUCUGAGAAAAUUGUAGCCAUUUUCAGGAUAUUCAGUUGUUGUUUGAUAGUCAUUUGUGCCAGUCGAUGUCAGUGUUUUUAUAAAAAUGGAAAAAGUCGAAUAUCGUGCCGUGAUUAAGUUUUUGAAGAAUUUAAAAAGCAAUACGUUUGCGCAAAUUAAGCAAGAAUGUUUAAAGAAUGUUUAAGAAGGCUUAAAACUUUUCAGAUUCUCGUAUUGUAUACAACUGACACUUCUUAAUUAUUUGUUGUUUUAUUUAUUUAACUGGUUUAGCAUAAUAUCUAACGGACAGACAUUAAGUCUCGAAUAGUAAUCACGUCUUCUACGUGGAAUUUUGUUUGUGUAUUUAUUUACUAUGCGGAUUUCUAUCGAAUUGAAAUAUAUUCAAAGCUUCUUUACAUGUUCUCAGUUUUUCCGGGGUCAUGGCAGUGAAAGAAUGGUUCAGAAGGCUACAGCCGGUGCAACUAUAUCUGGUGCUGUUCUUUACCACGGCUUUCUUCUUGGUCGAGCUCAUCGCUAGUCACAUAACGCACUCGCUGACCUUGCUCCUCAACGCGUACCACAUGCUUUGCAACAUAGUGGCACUUAUUGGUUGUAUCGCUUCGAUCAAGUAUAGCUAUCGGGAAAGAUACAGCAAUUGCAGUUCUCUAGGAAACUCGUCUAUCUGCAUUAAUGGCGAAGAACAAGGUUCUGUUACGUCGUUGUCGACGAAGACAAAGGAAUCAUGUUCAGACAGAAGAAUGAAAAACACGUUUGGAUGGGCCCGAAUCGAUAUCGUUACGAUGCUCGUAUGCUGCGUCUUCCUCGCUUCUUUUUGUUUCUCUUUGCUGAUGGAAGCAUUGCAGACAUUAGUGCAUAUCGAUCACCUGGAUGAGAUGCAUCAUCCGUUGCCAGUGCUGUGCAUCGGCGUUUCCGGGAUUUUUUUAUAUGCCUUCUGUUACAUCUUAAUUGGAGGAUUUACAUUUAAUCAAGGCAUUUUCUUACAUGUCACGAAGAGUGGUGACGUAAUAUUACGCAGAAAUGUGAGUUCUCAAGAAACAAAGGAUGGUGAACAGCAAUUAUCAGCACAGACUAGACGAAGUCCGCUGGCAAUACCAAAAAGUGAAGGUUUAAGAGAAAUGUGUCGAGAUGUUCUUGGAUGCGUUUUCGUCAUAUUAGUGUCGAUUUUAGUAUACUUCACCGAUUCCGAUGUGGCCAAGUAUAUCGACCCGCUCUUCGCCAUUAUUUCGUCAAUUUCAUUAUUCGUCCUUUGUUAUCCGUAUAUGAAAGAAUCUGGUUUGAUUUUGCUGCAAACAAUCCCUAAUCACAUUAAUAUCGAUUGUCUUAAAAGAGAACUACUGGAAGCUUUUCCGGGUAUUGUAAAUGUGCAUGAUUUACACGUAUGGCAAUUAGCAAAACAUCAAGCUAUUUGUACAGUUCAUAUUGUCUUUUUGAAUCCAAUGGUUUAUACUAGUAUUACAGACCAAGUUACUGCCUUUUUCGUCGAAAUGGGCAUCACGCAGGUUACUAUACAACCAGAGUUCCAUAAAAUGAAACCGAACACAGAGAAGACUGAUUGUUUGAUUCGUUGUCACGGGGAACAUUGCAGUUCUUCUCAAUGUUGUUCGCGAGAAAACUUCUUGGAGGACACAUGCAAGUCAGGGAAAGAUGCGCAUAUCACCAGCAGGAAGUACGAUAAAAAGGAGAUAAUACCAGGCGCAUGUGCGAUUAGUUUGGAAAAAUUUACUGUUUACAAGGAGGAAGCUCUAGAGCAGACUGUGAACGAUUUAAAAGCAGAGAAAUCUGCACACAAUUCGACAAAUGAAAAAACACAUCGCUCAAACGAUAAACACGUACAAAGUAUUGUAAAUGUCAGUCCAGAAGUCAGUUCCUGUGCAACAAGUUUAACUGAUCAGAUAUCUACAAAUGUUGAUACCGAUCCUACAUCUAUAACUGCCGAUAGCAACGUCAAUCACAGCGUUGUAUCUUAAGUAUUUAUUUACUAUUCAGGCAGAUAAUAGUUCCAUUUAGUAAUUCUUUUAAUAUUGACACUGUCUUACUUGAUAGAAACUAUACGUGACACAAUGGACAUCGUGAUUUUUAAAUCAUUCCCAUAUUUGACAAAGAAAAUUGUUGAGAAAAGUUUAUCAAAUUUAAUAACAAACUGCAAUAAUUAAAUAAUAACAACUGAAAUUAGAUACAAAUUUCAGUAAUUAAACAUUUGAAGUCAUUAAUAUUAAGAAAAUAAAGGCGCUAUAAUCUUUUUUUAACAAAGUCAUAUUUUUUCUUUGUUUUAGUAUUGUAAUGACCUUAAAAAAAAGAUAAUUUAUUUUGAAAAAUACUCGAUAAAUUGACAAUUAGAAGAAAUACAAAAAUUCAAGUUACAUUUUAUUUUUUGCAAUGUAAAACUUUUUAUGAUGUUAAAAAAAGGAAAUAGCAUUAAAAAGAAUUACUUGAUAGCAAUCAAUAUUAAGUAUAAGUCGUGAUAUAAAGAUAUUUAACAAGAAGACUGCAAGUUAGUAUUAAGUAUUCCUGUGCCUACGGACAUGUACAUGGUUAGAAAAUUUAGAUUAAAUUUUAUAACACACAUUACAUGUCUCAAACGAUUCACUCUUUUUGGGUUAAUUUACUACAAGAUGAAUAUGUUAGCAAAUGAUAUGAAUAUUAUAUAAAAUAAUACAAAACAAUGUAACACUUUGAUAUAAUUUGGAAACAUAUUGUGAAAACAUAUUUCUUUUUAUAAAAUUAACACUUAUUAUAUGUUGAUACAUACAUUUUGUUUAUUAUCUUAGAAUUUACGUUUUAAAAUUACUUUUGUUAUUUGAUACUUUACUCAUAAAUUGCGUUUUUAACACUAAAAAUAUUGAAAAAAUAUUAAUUUAACAUAAAACAUUCAAUAACAUAAUCAUAUUAUAUUAAAUUAACACUCGAAUAUAUUAAAAAUUUAACAUGAAAAUUGUAAUAUGAAUACGGUUUUAACGUAAAUACAAAAUAUUUUUAUUGUGUAAAACAAUUUGUCGCAAUAGUUUAAUAAUAGUUUCGCAGACAUUUGGACGUGUGCUAGUUAUCAGAGGAGCGCAAUAUUGACUUCAUUAAUUGUACAAGAGUUUAUAGCCACUCUAGUGCGGUAACAAGUUCCUUGAUUGAAUAUGAGUGGAAUAAUGUUCAAUCGAGUAAUAUUGUUAUACUUGUUAUGUUUACCAAUAAAUAAGUAAUUUUUUUUAAUAAUCAAAUGUUAAAUAAAACUUGUAUAAAUAUAAAAAUUGGACGGCUAUAGGAAAUAUUAAAGUACUUUGCGCCUUAUUUUAUUAAUUUACAAUAAGUAUAAGGUUUGUCAGCUUAUAAAUACACAUCAGAUACUUUUACAAUAUAAUUUUUUAUGUUAAACAUAAAAUAUUUAUACGUACAAUAUCUAUUAAACUUUUUUAUUCUUAUUAUUCUUAUCUUUAUCGUAUCCUUCUUUAUCAUUACUGAAUAUUGUAAAUGUAUUAUAUUUGUUUUAACCGUGAUUUUUAUCUUACACUUUGUUUGAAAAAUACAUUUCAUAAAUUUCUAUUAAAUUUAAACAAAUCGUUAACCUGUACAGUAGCUAUAAUGCAUAUACGUAUUAUAGAAAUUGUAAAAGAUGUAUGUAUUUAUAAGCUUCUAAUGAUUCACAAUAAAUAUUUGUUAUGCUUUUUUAAGGAUGUGUCAUAAUAAAGAUUUUUAAUAUCUUCA